AUACUCAUUCUGGGCCAAGGAUUCAUCGGCACGUAUCUCGCAGACCUCCUGCGCAGCCGCGACUUCUCCUUUGCAGCAACAACCACUGACGGACGCAACAACACGAUCAAAUGGCGGCUGCCCUCAAGCAGCUCCGACGUGAAUGACUAUGCGCUCCCCUCAGCAAACACCAUCAUAGUUACAUUCCCGCUCCAGGGCUCCGCAGCCGCCACGCAGCUGAUCGAGGGGUACCUAGGGUACCACGAUAAUAAGAUCCGGCCCCAGUGGAUCUACCUGGGCAGCACCCGGCCGUUCAAGGAGAUCCCCAGCACGCGGUUCACCAAGCCGGACAUUAUUGCCGGCGGCCCUCGCGUCGAAGCCGAGGAGCUUAUUAUCAGCAAGUAUAAGGGCAAGGUACUUAACUUGGCGGGGCUUUGGGGUGGUGAGCGCGUGCCGGAGAAGUGGUCAAGGUUCUACACGGAGAAAGAAAAGUUGCGGCAGAAGCUGAGCACCAGGGGGCUGCAUCUGGUGCAUGGGGCAGAUGUCGCUAGGGCGAUUUUGGCGGUGAUUACGGUGCCAGAGUCCGGAAGGUGGCUGGUUUCAGAUGGGAGCACCUACGAUAUGCUGCAGAUUCUUCUGCGCGACGAGCGUGUGCGCGGGCUCCUUGAGGAGCUGAUGCACGAGGCGGAGGUUAGGAGGAUGCUGGGCGCGGAUAAGGUGGAGGACGUCAGGCUGGGCGAGUCUGAGGUCACGCUGCGCAUUGAUCCGUCGCAUUUCUGGGCCGCCGUCGCGAUUCAGCCA